AUGGCCGCGGGGGGCGGCGGCAGGAAUGUGCCCCUGGGCAGCGGCCCCCGCGACGGCAUGAGGCGGGAUGGCGGCACCGAGCCCUACUGGUCCAGGCCCGAGUGCCGUGUGUGGACGCUGAUGCUGCUGCUGGGGACGUGCCUGCUGUACUGUGCCCGUGUCACCGUGCCCAUCUGCGCCGUGGCCCUCAGCUCCCACUUCGACUGGGACAAGAAGCAGUUCGGCGUCGUGCUCAGCAGCUUCUUCUGGGGCUACUGCUUGACACAGAUUAUUGGAGGACACAUCAGUGAUCAAAUAGGAGGUGAGAAAGUUCUCCUCCUUUCAGCAUCAGCCUGGGGGUUCCUCACAGUCCUCACCCCGCUGCUCACCCAUAUCACUUCAGCCCAUCUGGUUUUUAUGACCUCCUCCAGGUUCCUCAUGGGGCUGCUGCAAGGGGUGUACUUCCCAUCCCUGGCCAGCCUGCUGUCCCAGAGGGUCCGGGAGAGUGAGCGAGCCUUCACCUACAGCACGGUGGGGACUGGAUCCCAGUUUGGAACGCUGCUGAUUGGUGGUGCAGGAUCUCUCCUCCUGGAGUGGUACGGCUGGGAAAGUGUUUUCUACUUCUCUGGUUUGCUCACUUUGCUCUGGGUUUAUUGCACCUGUAAAUACCUCCUGAGUGAGAAAGAACUCACCAUCCCCAUGAACUAUUUAACCAGAGGCCUCUCCAUACCCAAGCAGACCAAAGUUCCCUGGAAGCAGCUCUUUAGGAAGGCACCGAUCUGGGCUGUCAUCAUCGCUCAGCUCUCCACGGCCAGCACCUUCUUCACCCUCCUCUCCUGGCUGCCGACUUUCUUUAAAGAAACUUUUCCCGAGUCCAAGGGCUGGGUGUUUAAUGUAGUCCCCUGGCUGGUUGCAAUCCCAACGAGCUUGUUCAGUGGAUUUCUGUCUGAUCAUUUAAUCAGUCAAGGGUACAGAACCAUCACCAUUCGUAAGUUCAUGCAGGUCAUUGGCUCUGGUGUCUCAAGCAUUUUUGCUUUGUGCCUGGGCCAGACCUCCAGUUUCUGCAAAGCAAUAGUGUUUGCCUCAGCCUCUGUUGGACUGCAGACCUUUAACCACAGUGGCAUUUCAGUAAAUGUGCAGGACCUGGCCCCCUCGUGUGCUGGCUUGCUGUUUGGGGUUGCAAAUACAGGUGGAGCCCUCCUAGGUGUCAUUUGUGUGUACCUGGCUGGAUACCUGAUCGAGACCACUGGCUCCUGGAUUUGUGUUUUCAACCUGGUGGCUGCUGUGAACAGCAUUGGGCUCUGCACAUUCCUCCUGUUUGGAGAGGCCCAGAGGGUGGACACACAUUCUGUGUAUGUGGAUCUUUAGAGAUGAGCCCAAGGAGCAGCUGAAGGACAGGAAAGUGUCACAUCUAUGGAUCAUUCUUGCACAAGUGCCAAAGAACAUUUUACUUUUUUUUUUUUAGGUGUUUUAACAGGAUAAAAUAUGCUGAAACCAAGUACAUAAUGGGUCUGGAUGAAACCCAUGGGAGAAAAGAAUGUUAGAGUUCAUUUUUUUUUGCUCAGGGCUGUAGCUGGUGGCUUGCAGAGCCAUCCAGCUCAACAUUUCCAGUGAGGAUGUGCUCUGUGGGACCAGUUUGUCCCAGUCUGUGUCUCGUGGACAAAUAUCCUUGUGGCCAAAGCAGCUGACCUGGCCUGUUUCCCCAGGCUGCUGUGGUUCCAUGCCCUCUUGAGGGGAGCUGCUUCUCCAUGUGGGAGUGGGGCUCCCAUGCUCUGCUCUCCUGGGGCCACCUGGCUCUGGGGCUGCUGUGCCACCAGGUGUCCUGUGAGGUGUGACAGGAGCAUCCCCACGAGUACCUCUGCCCUUAACCCUGUGUGCCUUCGUUCUGCAGCAGGUACCAGCCAGGUUCCCAGGGCUGUGAGCUGAAUUCCAGGCUUCCCUUCAGGGGAUGUGUGGCUGGAUGUGCCCUGGAGCCAGGGCCUUGGGGCUGUGUCAG